UCCUAGUCCUUGCUUUGAGCUGCCUCUUUUCUCUUUCCUUCCUUUUUAUUCGUUCUAAGAUUUUUUUUCCCUUUGGGUUGCUUUUUCUACCCUGGAAAUUUAUAUAUUUUAAUAUUUUUGGGGUGUAAUUUUAUCACCCCUUCUCUAAUCUCUCCUUAGUCUGCCACUUUAAUCAUCACCUUCUGCACUCUACCCUGCCACUGAAACUUUCUCUCUUAUAAUAUUCUCUCUUACUUACUCUCCCUCAAUCUAUAUAUCUGUGAACCCUUAUAUACACACAAAUGGAGAGGGUUCUAAGGUAGUGGAGGUUAAGAGAAAAAAACCCAUUUUUUUUGUCUUCAUUUCCUCAUGUUUUGAUUGCAUGAGGAGAGCAAUUCUCAGCUCUUGGUGGUUUUUCUAAGAAACAGAUAGAUAUACAGGAAAGACAUAUAUAUAUGGAUUGCGUUGGCAGGUUGUUCAGAGUAAUCCAUGGGUAGAUAGCGACUUGGAGAAUAACCCAUCAUCAUCUGUUCACGAGAUUGUGCUUUUGCCACCCAACGAGUGAUGCCUUCCUGUAUCUACAUGUCACUGCCACCUGUUCAUUAACAAAGCUGUAUGUGUUUAGUUUGUGUCACCAGAGCUGGGGGAUUCUAUAUUUCUGACCGACCCCUUUGGUCUUUCUUGGUUGUUCCUUUCAAAGGUGCAAAAGUGGUCACUCUUUGAACAACAUAUCAAAACAAAACAAAACAAAGAGAGGGUAUCAGACUCGUCUUUCGGGGUUUUCUCUUGUUUUUCUUUCUUUGGAGUUUUCUUCUUCUUCUUCUCAGGCAUGUUUCCUGCUGCAACUAUGUCCAAUUCUACUUCUUUGUCUGAGGAAGCUAAUGUUUCUUCUGGUACUAGAGUUCAAGACUUUGGUGGCUUAAAUCCUGUUGUUACUCACCAGCAGCUGCCACAGAAAAUGAAGAAGAAAAGAAGCCUCCCUGGGAACCCUGACCCAGAUGCUGAAGUGAUUGCUUUAUCUCCAAAGACGCUAUUGGCUACCAACAGAUUCAUAUGUGAGAUCUGUAACAAAGGUUUCCAGAGAGAUCAGAACCUUCAGCUUCAUAGAAGAGGACAUAACCUUCCAUGGAAGCUGAAGCAAAGAAACAGCAAAGAGGUCAAAAAGAAAGCCUAUGUUUGCCCUGAGCCUACAUGUGUCCACCACCAUCCUUCAAGGGCUUUAGGUGAUCUUACUGGCAUCAAGAAACACUAUUGCAGAAAACAUGGAGAGAAAAAAUGGAAGUGUGAGAAAUGCUCCAAGAUCUAUGCUGUUCAAUCAGAUUGGAAGGCUCAUUCUAAGACCUGUGGAACAAGAGAAUACAGAUGUGAUUGCGGAACCCUUUUCUCAAGGAAGGACAGCUUCAUAACUCACAGAGCGUUUUGCGAUGCAUUGGCUGAAGAAAGUGCAAGACUCUCUGCCAACCAACUUGCCGCCGCCGCAAAUCCAGCUCUCAACCCAUCUUCGCUUUUCCCUUACCAAAAUCCAUGGGACCCUAUUCAAACCUCUAACCCUAACCCUAAUGACCCACUUCAAGUCAAGCCCGAGUCUCAGCAUUUCACGCCAUACUUCCAAGAACCGCCACUCCCGCCUCCAAAGGCCCUGUUCACCUCACCUUUCCAAAGCCUCCACGUCAGCAACAAUCCUCCCUCCAAUGCUGCUGCCACGUCGGCCACUCCUCAGUUGUCAGCCACUGCACUCCUUCAAAAGGCUACCACCGUUGGUGCCACCGCCACGCAGAUAAAGAACAACAAUUAUUACUACAGCAUGGCGACUCAUUUAUCCCCAGAUUUCUCGGGUUUCACGGCUGCAGACCUGGCCACGUGGCAAAAGAACAGCGACCGUUUCACCAGGGACUUUCUAGGAUUGACCAGGGACCAUCAAGGUGGCAAUGGGAACGUUAACCUUAGCAUGAACCCGAGAGAUGUAUUAAGCUACACCGGGGGAGUGGAGUUGCAGCACUUUGAGAGAGGCCAACCCCUGUUGAGGCCCCAAGGUUUUGGAUUCCCUGAGCCCUACGCCGCUACUUCGGAAACCUGGGGUGAUUGUUAAAAAAAAAUGAAUAAAAAAAAGGGAAAAUAAUAAUUUAGAGAUAGCCCUUUUAGAAUGACAACAAUGCCCUUCUCUAUUAAGGGCGACGUAUAAUCCUUAAGAGUACGUAGUUAGCCAGCUUCUCCUCUUCAACCCCCCGGGAAAAAAAAAGAAAUUUUAAGUAAUUUAUUUGCAUUUGUUAAAUUGUUUUGUCUUCUCGAUGUUUGGAUUAAUGUUUAAUGGUGGCAAACAUGUUUCAUGAAGGUCGGAAUCCUUUAUUUAAUUAGGAAAAAGACAUGUAUGUGUGUAUGAAUGGAUGAUGGUAGUGGCAUUUUUGUAUUUUUACAAGUUGGAAAAAAAUUAUGUUUUAUGUAAA